AAAGCGGGGAGUCUCCUCAGCUUCCUGCUGGAAUGUCCCGCCGCCAGAGGAGGGAGAAAAGGCGCGCGCGGCCCCCGAGCAGAUGCACGAGCUGUGGUGGAAAACACCGAACUGUCGCUAAUCGGGAUUAAACGGGAACUCUGGCGGGGAAAGAAAGAGCGCAGGAUUAACAGAAGAGGUGUUUAAAAGGAGGCGGGGCUCCCAGAAUCACCUGGAAGGCUUCAGCGGUGCUUUCAAGGCCAUGAGAUCUGCUGAAGAACACGCUCAACUCAUCAGUAAAAUGAAUGAGCUGAUAAAGGACAGCCUGCAGACGGAGGACGCCGACGGAUCAGACGACCUCUACUCACCUGUAAACGAGGGGGAGGAGUUUGACGAGAGCGUCCUCCUGGAGGAGCUGGAGAAGCUGGAGAAGAGUCUGGAUGAGAGUCUGUUUGAGGCGGACAGGAAGGAGCAGGAGGUUCUGGCUGCGUCUCCGUCCAAUCACGCCAAGCUGGAGGAGGAGGACAUCGCAGAGGACCUGGAGUAUCUCCGGCAGUGGGCCAACUCCCUGUGACUCGACCCGACUCGACCUGACUCGACUCGACCUGACUCGACUUUACUUGACUUGACUUGACUUGACCUGACUCGACCCGACUCAACUCAACCCGACUCGACCCGACUCGACUUGAUUCAACUCGACCUGACCCGACUCGACUUGACUCGACCUGACCCGACUCGACCCGACUCGACUUGAUUCAACUCGACCUGACCCGACUCGACCUGACCCGACUCGACUUGACUCGACCUGACCCGACUCGACUCGUGCAGGAGAGGAGAUGAUUGACACAACAAGCAGCAGCUGGAAUGAGUUCUGUAAACAUGGGUUCACGUUCAGCAAAUGGUACCAAUGAACCCAAAGGAAGUUCUGGUUUCUCAGCAUGAGCAGAACUUCUCACUAACGUUCCAGAUUCAUCCUCCUGAUCCAGUUUGAGUUUCCUGUUAUUUCCUCUAAAUGUUUGAUUCUUUCAUAGUUUUGGAAUAAACAGCAAAUCGAGCGUC